AUGAAACUCUUUUUUGUGCUACUACUACAUGUGUUGUUGUCUGUAUUGCUGUUAACACAUGAUCGAGUAUAUGCACUUUGUCCAGCCAAUGGAAAUACACAUGUUAUCUAUAUUACUUCUAAUAUGGGUAAUAACAUUUGGGCCUUUGAUACUGUCGGUCAUUACAUUGGAACCGUACUCAACAAGAGCUCUUUUCCAUUUGCAGUGGACAAACUGCGAGAUAUGAAGUUUGGACCGGACAAUCAUCUCUAUAUCAGUAGUGCACGAGGACAAUACAGUCGUAUCUUUGCUGUUUCUGGAAAUGGAUUAUUAAAUGGUACACUAAAUGAGAAUUGUACACGUAAUUAUAUCUUUACAGUAACGAAGCAAAGUUCAGAUAAUCCCUUCUUGGAUCACCCCUAUUCCAUGGCCUUUCACCCAGAGGAUGACUCUCUCUUUGUAGCCAAUCAAAAUUCUGUUACAGUUACAAGGUAUAUACGAGUGGAUAAAGGAAAGAAAAAAUAUCCAGAAUGGAUUCCUAUUGAAAAUAUGAAAUCUGCAUUAUCAAAUGAAUCAUCUUUACCAUCUAUGUCUGUACCAGUGAAUAUACCGAAUAAUGCUGGAUUAUUUGCAUCUUCAUGGAGUAGUGCCUAUUUUAUGGCAUCUGUUCGUGGUUUAACACUAUCCCCAUUACUUCCAAGAGCAUUAGUGGAACAGGCCGCACCUGCGGGUUGGUUUGCCACUGAAAGAAAACUUCUUUCUUACUAUGUACUUGUAUGUGAUAUGGCCACAGAUCAGGUGCAUGUAUUUAUAGAUCAAACAGGUGAACAUGUCUUUUCUCUUCCUGUUCCAUCACCUGUUCAGGUUCUCUUUCCUUCACGUUUUCAAAAAGAUGUAGAAACCCCAGCUUCCUAUUUUGAAGUUCCUCAUGUAUAUGUAACGAGUAAAGAAGAUGGAAUGACGUAUUUAUUACCAUUUGUCGCCCCACCUCAACAAUCACAACAAAUACAACCACAAGAACAACAAGAACAAGGUGAAAUAGAUGGUGGUAUCAGAAAUUCUCAACGUCGUUGGGUUCCUCAUCCAGUAACAAAACGAGUUCCUCAACACUCUUCUAGUGGUAUAUAUGAGAAUCCAUCUCAUGAUAUGCUUUUAAUAGCAGAUCGUAAUGGUCGUAGGAUAUCUACAUAUGCCUCUCCGUAUUUAAAUACAAAAGAAGCUAACGCAGGUCCUUCUCCUUUUCUUGGAUAUUUUACUUCUAAAUUACCAGAUCAACCAGAGUUUAUCUUAACAACAAUGGUGGAACAUCAAGCUUCUAUUCCUUUUUGUUAUGAACUUAGAGAAGAUGGUACAUUUCGUUACGUUGCCCUUUGUACAGCCGCAUAUAUUUGGACAAGUGUACUUGUUCUUGUUCUCAUUUUCUUUCUUCUGAUUUUCCUUAUUCAUAAAAUGAAAGAAUGCCAUAAACGUUGUUCACAUCCCAAGAAACAUAAACCUAGUGUGUCUGAUAUUCCCUCAGAGGAGGUUCCACUGGUCACCGAACAUCUUGGGGGAAAGUACGGUACAAGUAACUAA